UCUUCAGUUUAGUUAUCCCUUUAUUCAUUUAGUGUGCGAGGCAUCACCGCAACGCUACUUCAAGCCACUUCACCAACUACCAACAAGAUAAAGGGGAUCUUGGUUUUGGUAAAUACGGAGAAAAGAGAGAGAGAGAGACGAAGAAAAAAAAGCGAAGAAGUAACAAAUAUGACUGCCCUUAAUGAACCUCACAAAACCCGCAUCAUCUCCCACAUGAACGCGGACCACUACCGGGAGCUGGAGCACUACCUACGCGCUUUCAACGGACUACCCGCUUCUGCCGCCCGCGGCGCCCAGCUAACGGACAUGACCACGGAGACCAUGACCAUCCGUACCGCGUCCGGGGCCACUCACUCCGUCUCCAUCAAGCCGCCCCUAGCCUCUGCCGCAGAGGCGCGCGUGCGCCUCGUCGACAUGGCCACGGAAGCCCUGCAGAAACUCGGGCUCAGCGACAUCCGCAUCUCGACUAUCACGCCGCCCCGGGGUAUAGGCGCCGCGACUUUCAUCGGCGUCUCGCUGUACGUCGUGUGCGUCGCCACCCUGCCCCUCGUGCGGCCGAGCACCGCCGCCUGGGCGUUUCUGGACCAGUACUUCCCCUUCGGCGGCGUGGCCCGGUACUUCUGGGUCGUGCGCGCGAUCCUCGUGCCUACAGUUGUGCUGCACCUGUUCGAAGCAUGGUGGAUGGCGCGGUCGCGGCUGACGAAGCACGGCGUCGACGCGUACAGCAAGCUAUGGCUGCUGUGGAUUGCGGAUACCCUGAUGGAGGGGUAUCCCGCGAUGGUGCGUUUCGACGGAUUGGUGAAGACGGAGCGGAAGAAGAAGGAGGGCGGGAAGCACUGAGAAAGCCUCGAAGCGGAUGUAACUGCUUUACAGAAUGAAGGAGGGAAGCCCGAUAGAGUAUGUUAUGCAGACUUUGGUAGUCAGGUGAGGCCUAUGUUGUAAUGAAGCACUGAUGAAUACAUUCUAGAUAAGCCGACGGCGAUCUAUUUACGCCACCCCUAUCUGAUUGGAUCUAUAUUGUGAGAGUGAUCAUAUGUACUUCCACUUUAACCGAAAAUAAACCCAACCAUGCGCCUUUAUAAGGGCACCUGAUACUGGAUUUAGGAGUUUAACGGUUACUAUAUAUGUAUGUUGUCCCUGACAUGUUGUACGAGCCAAGUGUCAAGAUGCUGAUGGACCACCACCUGAGAGACGAAGAUAAGUUUCAAAAAAAAAAAAAAAAAAAAAAA